GAGAGGAAAAAGUUUGUUUACAAAUAUUGGCUAAAAAAUGAAUCAAGUGUUGAAUAAAAUUAUAAAAAUUAAUAGUAUUAAUAACAUAGAACGCUUAAUUAGAUGGAAAACAAAAAGUGGAUUAUGUGAUAGAAGCAUUUAUACAUCAAGAUUCCUUAGACACGGUGAUUAUGAGUGGAAGGAUCCAAAAUCAGAAGAUGAAGUUGUAAACAUCACAUAUAUUGAUAAAAAUGGUAAAACUUAUGACGUGAGAGGAAAAAUAGGCGAUAACGCACUUUAUCUUGCCCACCGAUAUGGAAUUGAAAUGGAAGGCGCUUGUGAAGCAUCUUUAGCUUGUACAACGUGUCAUGUUUAUGUUCUUGAUGACUACUUGGAUAAAUUACCAGAAGCAGAAGAAAAAGAGGAAGACCUUCUCGACAUGGCUCCUUUUCUUAAAGAAAACUCGAGAUUAGGUUGUCAAAUCAUCCUCUCAAAAGAACUCGAGGGAUUAAAACUUCAACUACCUAAAGCAACAAGGAACUUUUAUGUUGAUGGACACACUCCAAAACCACACUAAAAGUCAAUCAAAUUUACACUUCAUAAAGACAUAGUUUGUUCAAUUAAUAAAAUUCAAAAUUUAAUAAGA